CAGGGCUUUACGCUACCUAAUGGAGCGCCCGUGACAGCUGCCACGCCCUGACCCCUCCGCUUUCAUCUGACCCCCUGACUGACACUGUCACAUGGUCCCUGAACCGUAAACUGUCUAGUGCUUUUUUGAUACUUGAGAAAAAUUGAACCUAUAGAGGGGAGCAGGGAUAGAAUCAGCUCUAAAGGAACAUCUUAGAAGGUGAAAGUACUGUAAGAAGUAUUUUUACAGUUUACACAUGUUGUCAGAGGAAGUGACCUGCAGACUUGACCUGAAUGUAUUACUGGUCUGGGGGUAACAGGCUUAUGGGAUUACAGCUAAAAUAUUUCCUGUUUGUUUUUUGUCUGUUUUUCAUCAGCAAAAGCUCAGUUUCUUUAAUGGCUUUAUGAAUAAGUACCAUUUUAGAGUAUAUCACAGUGUUUUCAGACGAUACUUUAAAGGAAGUUGUCCCUGUGAGGCACUGUUACUUUAUGUCAAACAAUAAUCCAGCCCACAGAGGGCGAUAUGGCAACGUCAAGUGAGCUGUAUAUGCAGAUCAGCACCAGUUUAAUCUCAGAGAUAAGGAAAUUGCUUUUAUAUUUCAUGUUAUUUUAUUUUGUUUUCUUUUCUCUUUUAAAUGUCAAAUUUACGGUUAGAAGGAAGACACUAACUAUGCUGUAAUUCAUGAAUGAUUUCAGGUGCAGCAACUGUCAUUUCGAGCAGAAAUAAUUUAAUGGAGUUGAAUUUGUUAAUGAGCACUUCGAGUUCUUCAGGUUAAAAGCAUUAUAAAUAUGCAAUUAAGGUAGUGUGUGGAGCUGGUUCAUAAAGUCCAGUCUUACAUCGUGGUCGUGUUGAGCAGGGUUUUCAGGGGACUGUCAGAAGGGGGGCGGGGUGAAGUACAGCUGACAUCUUCAGACUACAGACCUGACUGUUGCAGAAGGACGGAGCAUGUCAAGUGGGCAGGUAACGGUUAACUUCUGCACGAGUGGGGAAAAUAUGUUGAACUGAACAAAACUGGAGAAAGUGAGCUGGAUUUCCCGAGCGCAUUCAAAUUGUAUUUAAGGGAUUAUUUACUGCCAGCAAGAGGAGAAAUCAAAAUAUGUAGGAGCUGUGCUUAAAGAUCCACUAGAUUCCUCUGACGAGUUCAUCAUCGGUCGUGCCAAAGUGCGACUCGAGGAGAAGCUUAUUCAUGCAAAUUCAUAAAAUCAUAGGCGUGCCUUUGGGUGAUGGAGUCACAGCCGGAAAAGAAAACCCCCUCCUGGAUCAUCACCGACCUUCAAAGACUGUGAUGCGCAGCGCUCGGACGCAUUGACGGCCGCACCGGGGGAAAUGUUUUAAAAGGACGGACUAAGAGAAGAGAAAGUUACGACUCGUUUUCUACACGCUUCUGUAGAGUGACUGCACUCCUUGAUCAACACAACCACCCGCUCGACUGCUGCGCCACUGGAUCUCCAACCACAGGCUUGCUGCGUGCACUAACGCAGUUAUCACUAUUCGCCUUGUGGUCGUUAAUAUUUUUAUUAUUUUUUAUUGUUACUGUUAAUUUUUUAUUUUCAUAUGUUUACAUCCAAUUUGGACAACUUCAAAUAGCGAGAAUCCUGAUACGGGAGAAGUUAUAGGCACAGUACUUUAUCGAAUUUGCGCGUAAAGACGCGACCACUGACUUGUCUUUAUUUGAGAAAACGAAUUGAUUUUUGUUUAAAUUCAUUCGCCAAGGACUUGACACCCUCCACCAUGUCAGAGGACGACAGUAGCUCCACCAGCUGUAUGUCUGACACAGAAGGCAGCAACAUUAGCGUCCUUAACUGGGAGCAAGUGCAGCGGUUGGACGCCAUCCUGACGGAGACCAUACCGAUCCACGGCCGGGGGAACUUCCCCACUCUGGAGAUGCAGCCGCGGCAGAUCGUUAAGGUGGUGCGGAGUCGGAUGGAGGAAAAACAGAUCCACGUCCGGGACGUACGGUUAAAUGGCUCUGCAGCGAGCCACAUUCUGCAUGAGGACAGCGGACUGGGCUUUAAGGACCUUGACCUCAUAUUUUGCGCAGAUAUGAAAGGUGAAAGUGAUUUCCAAACAGUGAAGGACAUAGUUUUGGACUGUCUCCUGGAUUUUUUACCAGAAUGUGUGAAUAAAGAGAAAAUAACUCCGUUAACGUUAAAGGAGGCCUAUGUGCAGAAGAUGGUGAAGGUGUGUAACGACUCAGACCGCUGGAGCCUUAUCUCCCUUUCCAACAAUCGUGGGAAGAAUGUCGAGCUUAAGUUUGUGGACUCUCUUCGGCGGCAGUUUGAGUUCAGCGUGGACUCCUUCCAGAUCAAACUGGACUCCCUCCUGCUGUUCUACGAGUGCUCAGAAAACCCAAUGGCUGAGACCUUCCACCCUACCAUCGUGGGUGAGAGUGUGUAUGGGGACUUCAACGAGGCCCUUGACCACUUGCGCCACAAGAUCAUUUGCACCCGCAACCCAGAGGAGAUCCGAGGCGGGGGUCUUCUGAAAUACUGUCACCUGCUGGUGAGGGGUUUCCGGGCCGCUUCUGAGUCAGAAAUGAAGUCCCUGCAGCGCUACAUGUGCUCACGCUUCUUUAUUGACUUCCCUGACAUUGGUGACCAGCAGCGUAAGCUGGAGUCCUACCUUCAAAACCACUUUGUGGGCCUGGAGGACCGCAAGUACGAUUACUUGAUGACCCUCCAUGGAGUGGUCAAUGAGAGUACGGUGUGCCUGAUGGGACACGAGAGGCGGCAGACCUUAGGGCUCAUAGCCAUGCUGGCAGUGCGAGUUCUAGCCGAACAGAACGUCAUCCCCAAUGUGGCUAAUGUAACGUGUUACUACCAACCUGCUCCUUAUGUGGCAGAUGGCAACUUCAGUAACUACUACAUAGCACAGGUACAGCCGGUGUUUGCUUGCCAGCAGCCUGCAUACUCCACCUGGUUGCCCUGUAACUGAGUCAGGCCUGAAGAAAAGAGGAGGGAGAGAGUCUGAUUUGUUUACACAGCAGUGAGCGGCAUAGUCGCUGCCUGAAACCUGCCCAGUGUUUGACAGCUGACAGAAAAAGAAGCUGUCUUUAUAAAGCUUGCAUUUUUUGUUCAUGCGUUCAGUAUGAACAGUUGGCUUUCACUUCAAGUAUGUAGUUCAGUGUGUAUAUCUCACUUGUCCUGAAAUGCCAACAUCUUCUGAUUCUCUGCAGGCUAAGACUAAUUUGUAAAAGCUAAAGGCAAAUGUGUUUGGGCCUUGAAUGCAAGCAGCAGAACUGUUAUUAAAACUGAUAGAAGCUGUCAAGAACUGAUUAUACAGCAUGUUCCAACAGCAGACCAAACAGCGGCAUCAGUUCAAGAUGACAGUUACUCCAUGUGCACACAUGCACACACACACAAACACACUGUAGGUGAAAUCUGGGGUGUGUGCAGGGCUCAUGAGCACCCUAGACUCUGCUUUUAUGUCAGAUGAACUGAGGUGAGAUGCUGUUCAACUUGACUUGCAUUUGGAUACAAUUAUGGUUGUUUACAGACCAAAGAUUUUUUUGAUUGUUUCUAACAUUAAAACCCAAUUUUGGUGGGCAAAAAAUAAAUAAAAUAUGAAGCUAUGUCUAUUUGUAUAUGUGAACAUAUGUGUGUUUUUAAGUGCCUAUUGCCUCUCUGUGGGCAGAGAAAAGAAUGAGCAGGCCAUAUGUUUUUUGUGAAUUUGCCCCAAGCUGUUUAUACACAAGACAACAGCACCCCAGUGGCUUGUGAAUGUAUACGUGAAAUCAUGCACAGUCAGUGUUUGUGUACAUUUGGACGGAAAAAAAGAGCAUCAAGCAUCAGUGUGGAUUUUGCAGUAGCAGUCAAAUGAGUGGCGGGUUGUUGCAAGAUUCACAUUUUUCGUGUGUUUCGUAUUUUCCAAAUACGUGAAUCCGUAUUUGGAACUUCAAAAAUUGAUCUCUGCUGUGUGAUAAACGCGCUAUACCGAAUACUGCUAUUGAAUAUUUGCCAGGAAAAAGGAUGACAAGCAUUUUGAGAUCAUCAGCAACACAGAAAACUGUCGCUAACAUGCAAUUUCCUGAAUAUUUUGUACAGCGGUGCUUCUUUUGUUGUCAUCUGAGAAAAAAAAAAAAAAAAAACAAGUUCACAAGAAGUAGAUAAGAGACAGAGAGACAGAGUGAGGAAAAGGUUCAUUCAGAGAGAGGGCCCGACGGAGAGCUGGUGCGUGCUUCCUCCUGCAGUGCGAGGAUAUUUGCUGAGACACCUCAGAUGAUGAGACACUAUUUGCUGUAGCACCCUGGCAGGGAAUUCCUCAGCUGCUGCUGAAGAGCUUGAACUUAGCUGGGGUUGGGUCUACAGACGCUCCGCUUAGGGUUCAGAGGAUGUUGUGCCAAACAUUUUGUCGGCCCCACUGAUAGACCUAAAAUUUAAUGAGGACAUUUGUUGAUGAGAGAAAAAAUAUGCUGUGUUAGUAUAGAAGACUGGGAUGUAGACAGAAGAGGUGUAAAAAAAGGGACAGAAAUGAAAAUGUAGUGGUUUAAAAGGCAGGAGGUAGAGUGAGUCGAUUUGGAGAGAUGGGUGCAGCUGGUGAUGGGGUUUAUCUCUCUAGGGCUCCCAUGCUUUACUGUAUAAGCUGUUUCUGUUAAGGUCAGAUUACAACUUAAUGGACAGUGCUGUGCCCGCCCCCUCCACCCCCCCUUUUUUUCAGGGAGACCAAAACAUUUUGUCAUCAACAUUUGCUCUCUGUUUUAAUCAUACAAUUCUAGUUCAAAAGAGUUGAAGCUGAAGAAAAUUGCAUGCAUUCACAUCAGCCUCAGGAGAGUUUAAGUUUGAACUUCUUUUUCAUAUGUGAGGUUGCUUUAAUGAUGCUUAUUAUUACUUUUUUUUUAAUGCUUCAUUCCUCACAAUUUUAAAGAACUUUGUAUAUAUAUGAUAACAUGCUUCUGCUUUGCCGACUCACUCAUUGCUAACUACACUGCAGCUUUUCCUGAUGGCAGAUAGAAAAAGGAAAUGAGUUAAGCAUAAAAAAGGUAGGUUAGGCCCAGAAGACCAGCACUGACUCAGACUGUGUUUGAAAAAGAAAUUGUCUCGCUGAAAAAAAAAAUUCUUUCUCAUUCUCUGUCUCGCCCUAUUCUGAUAAUGCAUAACUGCUCUAUUCAGUUUUUUUUCUUCUCAGUGGCUGUCCAUUUGAUGAUAUCCUUUGGUUGUGCAGGCAACGUAUUGUCCUUUUAUACUCAGUGAAGUCCUAACAGCUGACUAGCUAGCUAGCUCCAGUCUGCCUGUCAGUUAGUAAUUGUGCCUAUCAGUUAGAGGUCGUGGGUUACUACAUUGUCUUGUAUACGUUGUCUCAAAUAUCUGUUUCUGUUCAAGCAGUCUUUUACAUACUUUGAAAAAGAGCGAAAAAAGAUCUUUGUGUUGUAUGUAUAUUUUUUAUGAUUGUUAUUUUUAUAAAUGUAUCAGACACUGCAGGUGUUGCAGUGCUUUUCAAUCUGUGAUCGGGCUUCAAAGGAUAUGUUCUCAAUAACUUUUUGCUAUAUUAUGUUAUGUGUCCAAUGGGUCAAGAGGUUAAUGAUGUUUUCAUCAAUAAAAUAUUUGAAAACCA